AUGCGUCUUCUCCAACCCUUUCAUCGCUUCGCAGAUUGCUGUGAGACCAUUCGGUUUGCGCAUUUCCGACGUGGAGAAGUUCGUGUGACAUCCGGCGCCAUUCCAAUCACCCAUUGUGACGUUUGGCUUGGGAUCGAGCGAGAUACACACUCCGAACAUCUCAGCAACACGGUGGAGAAUGUAUCUGGAGAUCCAGAGCUGAUCUCCCAUAUCGAUUCCUUCGCAGGUUCCAAUCUGGUAUUCCCAUUGUCCUGGAGUUACUUCAGCGUUUGCACCGAAGAUGUUAAUACCGGCAUGAAGGCAUGCGCGGUAGUGAGUCUCGACGACUUCACGUCCGAAAGCACGGUCGGCGCCAACACCGCAGUAAUACUUUCCUUGUGGUGCUGGGUAACCGUGCUUCGGCCAUCCGAGUGGAUGCUCGUCUCUGUCGACAAUCAGGUAUUCUUGCUCCAUUCCGAACCAUGGGUGUUGAUCGGCAACUUGUUUCAUGAUGGCGGCACAGGCUUGACGAUGAUUGGUGACUGA